AUGCCUCCCAAGCAGUCCACGCUGGGGUAUGUCAAGGACCCUCAAACCACCUUGGGCAAGUUCUUCGGGAAUCCCAACGGUACCAAAGCUCCAUCUAAGCAAUCCAAACUCACCUUUGGCAGCAAAGCCACAAGCACCACUCCAAGUUCCAGCUUAGUCAAGGAGAAUGAGGAUACCGAUAUGAAAGACGAGGACGAGGAUCUGGAAGCCAAGCCUAAGGUGAAGAAAGAGGUCAAGAAGAAGGAAGUUGCGGAUAUCAAGGAGAAUGUGAAGCCAGAGAAGGAGACGAAGAAGCGAUCAAGAUCUCCAGCUCCUGCAGAUCUAGAGUCGGAAAAUAAGGUGGAAGUUAAGAAAGAAGUUAUCGAGGAAGAUGAUGAAGGAGAAGAUGACGAGCCUGUUGUAAAGCGGCCUCGCCGCGCCGACAGAGUCGAGGUGGAGGAUAAGCCUAUGCUAUCGGAGCCGAAGCCAGAAUCCAAGGUCAAAGUUAAAGGAAAGACAACACCCAAAAAAAGCACGGCACCAGGCCCCAAGAAAGAAAAGAAGGCUGUCAAGGAGGAGAUGGAAGAAGAUGAGGAGAAAGUCGAAGAAGUCGGUUCGAGCUUGAAGAGAAGAGCUUCGAAUGCAUCCUCGGUCUCAGAAGUGGAGGAAGAGAUGGACGAAGAUGACGAUGAUGAGAAGCCAGAAGCCGCUGCAAAAGCCCGUGAGAAGGUCCAAACUACUAUAAAGGCCAAGACGAAAGACCCGUAUCCAGACUGGAAGCCUGGAGAGCCGGUUCCCUACGCUGCUCUUUGUACUACCUUCUCCCUCAUUGAGAUGACUUCCAAGAGACUGGUCAUAGCUGCGCACUGCUCCUUGUUCCUCCGACAAGUUCUCAGAUUGACACCUGAUGACAUGUUACCGACCGUGCUUCUCAUGAUUAACAAAUUGGCUGCCGAUUAUGCCGGCAUCGAGCUGGGAAUUGGCGAGUCCCUUAUCAUGAAGGCCAUCGGUAGUACGACGGGUCGAAAUCUGGCUCAAAUUAAGCAAGAUCAACGAGAGAUUGGCGAUCUUGGUUUGGUUGCUGUCAAGAGCAGAGCUAACCAACCAGUCAUGUUCAAGCCGAGACCAUUGACAAUUCGAGCUGUUCAUAAGGGCUUGAUGGAUGUUGCUACCACUUCUGGUAAUGGUGCUCAGGGCCGGAAGGUUGACUUGAUUGGAAAGCUUCUCGCUGCAGCCGAUGUCGCAAAGCCUGGAAAGGUUGAUAUCACAAAAGACAAGGGAGGGCCGAGUGAAGCAAAGUUCAUCGUUCGAUUUCUUGAGGGCAAGCUCCGUCUCGGUCUUGCUGAGAAGACUGUCCUUGUUUCUCUUGCUCAAGCUAUGGUUUGUCAUGAGACAGAAGCCAAAGGCUCUGGAAAGGUUCCAACUACGGAGCAGCUGGCCAAGGGAGAGGCGAUACUGAAGGCGGUCCACAGUGAACUUCCCAGCUACGAUGUCAUCAUUCCAGCGAUGUUGGAGCAUGGCAUUUUCAACCUUCGAGACAAUUGCAAGCUCCAACCUGGUGUGCCUCUAAAGCCCAUGUUGGCAAAGCCAACUAAAGCCAUUACAGAAGUCCUGGAUCGUUUUGAGAACCAGACUUUCACAUGCGAGUACAAGUACGAUGGAGAGAGGGCUCAGAUCCAUUAUGUGGCCAAGGACUCCGCACAACAAUAUCGUGGCUCAGCCGAAUCAGCAACAAAGACUGCACAUGGUGGACUCGCAGCAAUCUUCUCUCGUAAUUCUGAAGAUCUUUCCAAGAAGUACCCCGAUAUCCUGGCUAAACUCAAUACCUGGGUCAAGCCAGACACCAAAAGCUUCGUCAUGGACUGCGAAACUGUUGCUUGGGACCUUGAAGAGAAGAAAGUUCUCCCUUUUCAACAGCUUAUGACUCGCAAGAAGAAGGAUGUCAAGAUUGAGGAUGUGAAAGUCAAAGUCUGCGUCUUUGCCUUUGACUUACUCUUCUUGAACGGAGAAGCUGUUGUUGGCAAAUCUUUGCGCGAACGUCGCGAGCUCCUUCAUGAGUCUUUUACCCCAGUAGAGGGAGAAUUCUCUUUUGCUACCAGCAUGAACGGCCAGGAAAUCGAGGAAAUCCAAAUCUUCCUCGACGAGAGUAUGAAAGCUUCCUGCGAAGGACUUAUGGUCAAGAUGUUGGAUGGCGCAGAAAGUGGCUACGAACCCAGCAAGCGCAGUAGAAACUGGCUCAAGAUCAAGAAAGACUAUCUCUCCGGCGUUGGCGACUCUCUCGAUUUGGUAGUCCUCGGGGCCUACCACGGCAAAGGUAAACGCACCUCCGUCUAUGGUGCUUUCCUCCUCGCUUCCUACAACAGCACAUCUGACACCUACGAAACCAUCUGCAACAUCGGCACUGGUUUCUCAGAGGCCGUUCUGGAGACCCUCCACGCCGAGCUCUCGCCCCUCAUCAUCGAUCGCCCUAAGCCGUUCUACUCACACUCUGCGGGCAACACGCAUCAACCCGAUGUCUGGUUCGAGCCAAAAUAUGUUUGGGAGGUGAAGACGGCGGAUUUGACUCUGAGUCCCCGGUACAAGGCUGGAUGCAACGAGGGCUUGGAGGGGGGCGGGGACAAGGGUAUCUCGCUCCGGUUCCCGAGAUUCAUCAAGGUCCGAGAUGAUAAGAAGCCGGAUGAGGCGACGGGGAGUAGGCAGGUCGUGGAGAUGUAUCGGAAGCAGGAGAGCGUUACGAAGAGCAAGGGACCGGCGGUGGACGACGACUUCGAGUAUUGA